AGGAGGUGACAGAGGCCACUUGCUGGAUGGCUGCCUUCCCUGGAGCUCCACAAUGUGAAGCUGCAAGGAUUCAUCAUUACUCUCCUGGCCAGAUUAGGACAGUUGGAGGAUAGGUGUUCACAAUUUUAACCAUUUUGUAAAUAACAUGUGGAGUCUUUGGGUUGCCUUUGAGAAUGGGUAAUAACCCACCCUGUUAGAAAUCUGAAUCUUCCAGAAGCUAGGAAGUCUCUUCUCUCCCCUAUGCUGUGUGCAUAUGACCUUCAACCUCAUCACAAAGGCCACUGGAAUUGCCACCCAUCAUGGUGAUUUCAGGGGUGCACGUUGGGGGCCUGGGGAACCUGUCACCCCAUGCCACAUACCACCCAAUUCACUAUCCCACAGGGGGAAGCAUUGACCACCCGGCUUCCCCGCAUUGUUCCUGGUGGAAUACGAGAAGCCUCACGUGUUGCUGCGGCAAUGGCAUGCUCCACUUUGCUUUCCCUUUAAGCACAUUGCUAACGUCUUCAGCAACAAGUUGUCCUUUUAAACUGUGGAGUCUUACUGAGCUUAUGUUUUAAGGAAGUGAGUUUCCAAAGUCAAAACCACAACACAAUAUAUUCAAAGCCCUUUAACAAGUGUAAACAUCAGUAGAGGAUCAGCUGAUUGAAUUCAUCACCGAGAUGCAGUGGUUAUUCAUAGUGACCAAUCUUUUCUGAUAUCCAGGGCUGGUAUUUAAACAGGAAUCAUCAGCACAUAUUUACAGUCCAUGAGAGACUUUUAAAAAGAGAAAGCUGCAACUAUAUACACCCUUGUGUUGGUUUUUUAUGGUGUGCAGAAGAAAAGGCAAAAAAUAAUUUACGAAAUACAAAGAGAUUUGAUUUCAUCCCUUACCUUGUCAGUGAAUGCAAACCAUUUCCGAGUUAAUACAUACAUCAUUCCAUGUUCUUAUUUCUCUAGCAACUGUUGGGAGUUCUAUCCAUGUUUUAUCCAAGGCCUCCCCAUCCCUAGCAUACAAAAACAAGAUGAAGAUUUACAGGACUACAGACAACUUACAAAGGAACUUGGGCCAUCUUCAUAAGACAGGGUUAGGAAUCUGGACCUACUGUCAGGACGGUCUCCUUCCAAGGAUACAAGAAGUCAUCUUAGAAGCCUGGGUUGCUUAUUCCACACCAAUACCAUCCAACUAUCACCAACUGCUAUUCUUAUUUCUCAUGUGCUGCUGCAUUGCUGCUUCAGUUGGAGGCCUCUUCUACUGCUGGAUGUUUUCCUCUCUGCAAUAUUCCUCUCAGUUCUCUGCCACAGUUGCUUCAACCAUUAGUUUCCUGGCGUUGUGGACACUCUUUUUGGUACACCCUGUCCGUUGCAUGUUCACCAUGGUUGUGCCUACAUUAGGGACUAAGCAAGGGAGGAGGCUGCUCCUGUCUGCCUGCUUCAUGAUUGUAGCUGUCAACAUAAUCCCAAACAUCACAAGCAACAUCAAGGCUAUUCUGGAAAUCAUUAAAUGCAUCUGCAAGGAUUCCUCUGAGAGUCUCCUAAAGUCAACGUUUCUGUUGGAAAAUGCUUCAUCGGAAUUCAGUCGUGCUCUCAAAAUUAGAACUGAUGACUUGCCAGACAAAUUUGGGAGAACAAGCAAUAGCCAGGUUAUGUUUGAAACUCACAGUAAUGAAUUCCUACUGAGUCAGAAAAUGACUGAUGCCAGCUAUCAUAUCACAGAGGAAUUCUUGAGAAUUGAAGUGUUAAUUCAGAAGGUCAUAUUGUUGGCCAACCGAGUAUCUGCUGGCUUCUUUCUUUGCUUUCUUGUUUUUGAGUCCGCUUCUUACCUGAAAAGCUACCUCACAGAUCUCAAAUUUGAUAAUAUUUAUAUCACCAAAAAACUAGAAUAUUUAGCUCAGGAGAGGAAAACAAUUCACCUACUCUCUUGCACUUCCAGGAAGCUGAUAAAACCAACUGGUCUCAAGUUAACCAGAGAAGAACUCAUGACCUCUCUCACACAUAUUUUUCUUCUUACCUUGGUGUUGAUAUUAACAUUAGUGAUCAUCGCAACAGACUAUAUUGCCUUCCAUUUGGCACAAGCAGCAGUGAGUGAAGCUACUCAGUUCCCUGUAGUGCCAAUUAGCUUCUGGAUAAAAUACGAUGUGAAGUUAACCUUUAUAGAAUUUUUUGGAAAAGUUUUUAAUAAUGCUUUUUCUAUAGAACAAUCCAAAUCACCGUUUGAAAGGAGUUACUAUCAGAAUCUGACUUUUCUCUCUGCUAACUGCUCCUUGAGAUAUCCAAAUCCACCAAACACAGCUGUAACGUUUGCUGUUGGACUCUUAUAUUGCAUCAUUUAUGCAAUAACAUUUUUGGAAACAUAUUCACGUCGACUAUGCCGAAAAAUUGCUGCCUCUUUCUUUAAGAAUCAAGAAGAUCAGAGAAUCCAGUAUCUUUACAAGAAGCUUGUAAGGAAGCAGAAGAAAAAAGAGCAACAGGAACAAGAACUGGAAUCCACAGCAUGUUGUUAAAUUGUUGCAUGGUGCACAUUGGACAGGAGGUGCACUUUUCUGACAGAAGGUGCUGAGAUGACAACCUGAAUUGCUUCCUUGAUGUCCAGAAGCGCACACCAGUUUGGAAUGGGUAAUUCUAAUGUCUAACCAAAAUCCCAUUAAUUUCAAUGGCCUUUCUCUAAGUAUAACUUAAGAGUUUAUUUACCAGGCUUUAUUGUUACUAUUUGGAGACAGGAAGAAGUUUGGAUCCUAUUUCAGUCAGCGCUCCAAAUGUGUGAAUGUGACUUUUUGUGAGUUUCAUCAAAAUAUUCUUUCUAGGAAUCUCUAGGCUCU